ACUGUGGCACCCAAAAUUCUGUCAAUUAACAUAGUUGUGUUAUUUUAACAUUAUUCCAAAAAUGGUUUAAAUGAAAGAUAUGUCUUGUCACAAAGAGACUUAGACAGAUGUUGUAAAUAAUUAACUUUUUCUUCCGGCAAAGUAUUGUGUACUUAAUGAGGAGUCCCUAGUGCUUUACAAUUGUUACAAUCUUUCUGGGGCACACCGCUGAAGAUGAGGUCGAAAGACUUGGCUUUUAUCAUCGUAUUAAUCAUCUCAGGAGAACUCUAUGCAGAAGAGAAACCCUGUGGCUUUCCUAGUGUGGAAAAUGGAAGGAUUGCCCAAUAUUACUAUCCUUUUAAAAGCUAUUACUUUCCAAUGAGAAUAAAUGAAAAAUUGUCAUUUUCCUGCUUGGCUGGUUAUUCAACGGCAACUGGAAAACAAGAGGAGCGAAUCACAUGUACCCAAGAGGGCUGGUCUCCAGAACCACGAUGCUUCAAAAAAUGCACUAAGCCCGAGCUGACAAAUGGUUACAUCUCUGAUGUAAAAUUAUGGUACAAAAUUCAAGAGAACAUGCGUUAUAGUUGUAAUUCAGGAUAUAAAACUACUGGAGGGAAGGAUGAAGAAGUGGUUCAAUGUCUUGCUGAUGGAUGGUCUUCUCAACCUACCUGCAGGAAGGAACAUGAAACAUGUUUGGUCCCUGAAUUACAUCAUGGAAAUUAUUCCACAACGCAGAAAACAUUCCAGGUGAAGGACAGAGUACAAUACGAAUGUACUGCGGGCUACUAUACAGCUGGAGGAAGGCAGGCAGAGGAGGUAGAAUGCCGCACAUAUGGAUGGUCUCUCACACCAAGAUGUACCAAAUUAAAGUGCUCUUCUUUAAGACUAAUAGAAAAUGGUUAUUUUCAUCCUAUAAAGCAAACUUAUGAAGAAGGAGACGUAGUUCAGUUUUUCUGUCAUGAAAAUUAUUAUCUAAGUGGAUCUGAUUUAAUUCAGUGCUAUAACUUUGGUUGGUAUCCAGAAUCUCCUGUAUGUGAAGGAAGAAGAAACCGAUGUCCUCCACCACCUCUGCCACUAAACUCCAAAAUCCAAACACAUUCAACAACUUAUCGUCAUGGAGAAGUAGUCCAUGUAGAAUGUGAAAUUAAUUUUGAGAUACAGGGAUCAGAAGAAAUACGUUGUGAAAAUGGAAAAUGGACAGAACCUCCAAAAUGCAUUGAACAAAAGGAGAAGAUAGCCUGUGAGGACCCACCUUUCAUUGAGAAUGGCACGGCAAACCCACACUCUACGAUUUACUACAAUGGGGAUACAGUGGCGUAUGAAUGUAAAAGCGGGUAUCAUCUCCGUGGAUCAAAAGAAAUAACUUGUAAACGUGGAAACUGGACACGUCCUCCUGAGUGUGUUGAAAAUAAUGAGAAUUGUAAGACUCCACCUGCUGUAAUAAAUGGGGCUGUUGUUGAUGGAUUACUAGCAAGCUACACAACAGGAUCCUCUGUGGAAUAUAGAUGCAAUGAAUACUACUUAUUGAGUGGGGCAAAAAUAUCUCGUUGUGAACAAGGAAGAUGGUCACCCCCACCCGUUUGCUUAGAGCCAUGUACUAUUAAUGUGGAUUACAUGAAAAGAAAUAACAUAGAGAUGAAGUGGAAGUAUGAAGGAAAGGUCUUACAUGGAGAUUUAAUAGAUUUUGUAUGUAAACAAGGAUAUGACUUAUCUCCAUCAACCCCAUUGUCUGAAUUAUCUGUACAGUGCAAUAGAGGAGAAGUGAGAUAUCCUUUAUGUAUUAUAAAAGAAUCUAAAGGAAUGUGUGCAUAUCCUCCACUUAUUAAAAAUGGAGUAAUGAUUAGUUCAGCAUUAGGCAUCUAUGAAAAUGGUUCUUCAGUAGAAUACAGAUGUUUUGAUCACCAUUUCCUUCAAGGGUCUAGGGAGUCCUAUUGCUUAGAUGGAGUGUGGACUACACCACCAUCAUGCUUAGAGCCUUGUACGUUAUCUUUUGUUGAAAUGGAAAAUAAUAAUUUACUCCUGAAAUGGAGUUUUGACAACAGACCAUAUAUUUUCCAUGGCGAGUAUAUUGAAUUUCUUUGUAGGAGAGAUACAUAUAUAGAUGAGUCCUCUUUUAUAGGAUCUGAACUCAGAGUGCAAUGUGACAGAGGGCAGUUAAAAUAUCCAACAUGUGUUCCAAAAGAAAGGAUGCUGUCUUAUCAAGAACGCUUAAGGACAUAAAAAUGCACGGCAGAGAGAAGAAUAGUAUAUCAACACAUCAUAAAAUCUUUUAUAAAACAUGAUUUUUAGAAGAAAAUACAAAUCUCUAAGUUUUUACUUGCUUGAGGAUUUGAAUCUAAAUUGUCUAUGUUGAACAUUUUUUUAUUUAUAAAUAAGCCAGAACAUGUUGUUUCCUUUCUAGUUUGAAUGAUUUGACAUGUAACUUAACCUUUAUUGAAUAUUUUCCAUCUAUUAAAAAGAUUGAUCUACAUGCAAAAAUGUUUUUGAUACCUAUUAUCCAUUCAUUGUGCUAUACUGUUGCCUUCAAUAUAUGUGAAAAAAUUCACAUUUGUCUUUAUCAUAUUCAUUAAUAUUAGGGUUUUCUGUUACUUUUAAUUCAAUCUUUAUGUCAAUAUUAAGGAACCAAACACACUAGAGAUAAGAAACUAUACAUCACAUUAGAGGAUUUACUUUCUUAAAUACAGGAGAGACUACCCUUCAGAUUUCCUAAAUGUAAAGAAUUUUAACAAUUAACUAUAAUAUUAGCUACAAGAUUAAUAAUCAAAUUGUGAGGUGGUGAUCUAUCCACAUCUUAAAAUGUUGCCCAAGGAACAUGGCUUAAAAAAGAAUAACCCUCUCCAUUUUUUUAGUAUAAUUUAUUGUUAA